CUACAAUGUCAUCAAACAACCAACAAACCAUCUUAUUCCCGGAUAUCCUCAGCUCACUCAAGAAAUCAGGAAGAAGUUUGGAAAAAUGUAACGCGAACCUCAGCUUUUGUAGUCAUACGUUAAACCUUCAUACGCGAGAAGUUCCAAGGAUCAACCAAGCCUUAAAGAACUCACAAUUUUUCGAAUUGGUUUCAGUCUCAGAAAUCCGCGCGGCUCAGUAUCAAUUGACCAGUGAACUCGAACCUCAGAUCAAAGAGCUUGUUAAAAUGACCGAGAAUGGCUUGGUGAAAUUACAGAAACGUGAACAGAUGCUUAGGGUCAAUAUUUCUAAACGAAAAAGACUGAUGAUGGACGAUGACGAAGAUCUCAACGAAGAACAACAACCGCAAGAAGAAGAAGAAGAAGAGCAGUAUUCAGACAAUCAAGCAACAAUCGAUCGCAAGUUAGAACAACAGGAAACCCUCUUGCAACGGCUUCGAUCUCAGAAAAACUCUCUCCUGAAAGAACUAGAGAAAUUGGAUCUGGAAUUGAGCAGGAAAUCUGGCCGAACUUGA